UUCUCUCCUACCACCCGCAAUGGCCUGCCUUUUAUAGGUGCCGCAGCCAAUGAGCGCUAUCCUUUCCCUCUUCUCGCGCGACCGGCCAAUCGCCGCGCCCCUUGUGUAAUCUUCGUCUCCUCGGCUGCUCUCGGCUAUUUUCGCUGUUGCUGGCUUUUCAAGGGCUGCUCGCUCGCAGCCAGAGACGCUGCUUUUUUUUUCCGGGUUCGGAGCCGUUCCGGAUGCUUUAGGCUGCCGGAUGUCUGAUCUCCGGAUAACUGAGGCGUUUCUGUACAUGGAUUAUCUGAGAAUGUCUGAAUGUAUCCAGAUCUCAUUUGCUGUUUGUAGAAUUGGCAUUUACACGUGUUUUAGAGCACUCUGCUGCAAGGGACCACCACCUGCACGACCCGAAUAUGACCUGGUUUGCAUAGGACUCACGGGUUCUGGCAAGACCAGUUUGUUGUCAAAGCUGUGCAGCGAAAGCCCUGAGAAUGUCGUGUCCACCACAGGUUUCAGUAUAAAAGCAGUGCCAUUCCAGAAUGCCAUCUUGAAUGUAAAAGAACUUGGAGGGGCUGAUAAUAUUCGGAAAUAUUGGAGCCGCUACUACCAAGGAUCUCAAGGGGUAAUAUUUGUAUUAGACAGUGCCUCUUCAGAAGAUGAUUUAGAAACUGCUAGAAAUGAACUGCACUCAGCUCUUCAGCACCCACAAUUAUGCACUUUACCCUUUUUAAUAUUGGCCAAUCAUCAAGACAAGCCAGCUGCUCGCUCAGUACAAGAGGUCAAAAAAUAUUUCGAACUGGAACCACUUGCACGUGGAAAACGCUGGAUUCUGCAGCCCUGCUCUCUGGACAACAUGGACACACUGAAAGACAGCUUCUCUCAGCUGAUAAAUUUGUUAGAAGAAAAAGACCAGGAAGCUGUCAGAAUGUGAAAUCUGUCAAAGAAAACGGGUUCCAAAAAGGCCUUGAGCCUAUCGUGUUAGUUUCUCAUUUUAAUUUUAUUUUGGUAUCAAGACUAUAAUGGCUUCAGUAUCUGUUUUUCUCUAGUUAACUCAGACUCUCAUCUCUCUAUUAAAGUGAAUAUUCUGUAAAUCAGGUGAAUUAUCAUCGGCAUUAACGUCAAGUACACACUACUGAGAGAGAAUUUAUUCUGUUUACCACUAAUUAUCUUCACCGCAUGUCUCUUCCUUCUGUUGUUCUAAGCAUCUCUUACAUACUCUGUGCUAAAAAGGAUGGAAUUCAUGGCUCACGGAAAAUCAAAUCCCUUAUGAAGGACUCCAAAAGACUCACAAGACCUUGACUAAUAUUCCCUGGGCUCGGGGAUGGAGUGUCCUGUGGCUGGAGUGCCACACAAUAUGUGUAUCAUUUUCAAGAUCUCUUGGGUUUUUUAUUUUAUUUUUUAGUUUUUUGUAUACUGACCUUAUAGACGAUGAGACAAAAAUGAGCACCAAAAACUUCAUUUAAUCACCUUAUCAGGAAAGAAUAUCCUGCCCUAGUAGGAUUAACUUUGACGAAUUUAGACACAAGACGCAUCACGUUUCCUUGAUUACAUCUGAAGAGCCCUCUCCCUCUUUUAAGAGCAAAGACAUUUUUGUUUUUGGAGAGGUGUUAGAGGAAAUAUAGGCACAGUGCAUGCACCCCUGAUUACUGUUUGAUCAAGGCCUCAAAUAUUUUUUAAUGGAAAGUUUACCCUGCAUAAAGUCAAGCAGCAACAUUAUAUAGGUACCUUUUUCUAAAAAUCCUAAGUGUUUGAUUGAAACAGAGAAAUAAUUUUUUAAAUAAUGGAUAAAAAUUUUAAACACAGCCUAAGUAUAGUUUAAACUGAUAUAAGGUUUAAACUGGCACAAAUUGUGACAAGGAUAUCAAAGGCAGAAUCAUCUGUAUUUUAUUCAUUAAGUGCUAAUGUAGUUUAAUGGAGUCUGUUAAUGCUUCCGUCUAGUAAUUAAAGGUCUAUCAGUAUUUCUAUUAUAAACCUCUAUUUUCAGGGAUUUCAGUGUGCCCUUAAAAAUGAACUAGGAGCUGCAGUGAAUAAAUAAUUUUAGGGCCCAGAUUCAACCUUUGGAGCUAAUUUUUUUUUUCAUGUAAAUUUAAAUGAUAAAAUUACAUUGCCGUAAAUGUACGGUUUUACUAAGAUUUGAGGCCUUUGACCUUUUCUAAAUCAGGAAUAAUCUAUGGAUAUUGAGGUUUGUGGAUAAAAUACUCUUUGGCAUAUUUUGUAGACUUUUGACCACAUGAAAUACUAAGUGGCCAAAUGAUAUAAAACUGCUCCAUACACCUGAGCAAUAAAAACAUGUUUGUAAUUUUUAGGUAACAUAGGCUGACACCCAGAUAUCACAGACUCACACUUCAGUACAGGGUGAUAUAAUACCUUGUUAAUCCUACAGGAGAUGUAUGUCAGACCCUUAACGUCCUUCCAGUAUAGUUUUUGUGGUUUAAAUCUCAUAGGUGGGUUUUAAUGAAAUCAUUACUGUUGAAAUGGACCUUCUUUAAGGUUUUUUAAAAGUUAAUGGAUCAAUAAUGAUUCACAGUGAUUCGUAUACAACUUUGUCUACUGCGUCCUUGAAUAUUAUUUAACACUGUAAUCCGUGGGCAACAUAAAAGUUUUAUUCCAGUCACCAGUUACCUAAUCCCUGCUUUUAUUUUAUCCUGUUGUGCUCAUCAUCUAUGAAAAGUAAAUGAUUACUAGGCAUUGCUUCCCCUGCAAGUUCAUUAAAUGUAGAAUCUUGUCUUUUUAAGAUACUGUGGCUGAGUGCUCCAAGCCAUCUGUUAAAUGACUUCCCGUUGUCUGUGUGUGUGUUCAUGUGUGCGGCAGGGAUGGGCUUCUUCUCAGACCCACGACUGUCUGCAAUGUCUCAGCCGUCAGAAUGAAAACAUUAUCAAUCAGUACCCAACAACAGCUGUUUUUGACAAGUUUCUGUCUGACGCCUAAUGCUUUACAACUGUCAAUAAGGCUCCUUCUUUGUCUAGCAGUUCGGAGCUCGCCGGCUUGCUGCUUCCUUGCCGCAUCCUGUCCUUGUAACUCUAGAAUUUGCCUUUUUUUGGAAAUCCACA